AUGCAGCGCACCUCCCGUGCGGCAUGCUUCCCGUGCUGCGUGCACCCUUUGCAGCGUGCCCGCCAUGCCACAGGCACCCCGUGCCCCCCGUGCUGCCUGCGCCUGUGCAGCGUGCUGCCGGGCCCCUACGCCCAGCCGCCGUACGCCCAGCCGCAGCCCAUGGUCCCUGGGGACCAGGACUCCCCCCUGCACAGCACCUACCAUGAGGACGGGCCGCCCUCCUACUAUGACAACCAGGACUUCCCCACCGCGCACUGGGAUGACAAGAGCAUCCGGCAGGCCUUCAUCCGCAAGGUCUUCCUGGUGCUCACCCUGCAGCUGACUGUCACCUUCGCCUUCGUGGCCGUCUUCACCUUCGUGAAAGGCGUGAAGGGCUUCGUGCAGCGCAACGUCUGGACGUACUAUGUCUCCUACGCCGUCUUCUUCAUCUCCCUCAUCGUCCUCAGCUGCUGUGGGGAUUUCCGCCGCAAGCACCCCUGGAACCUGGUGGCCCUGUCCAUCCUGACCGUCAGCCUGUCCUACAUGGUGGGGAUGAUCGCCAGCUUCUACAACACCGAUGCCGUCAUCAUGGCCGUGGGCAUCACCGUCGUCGUCUGCUUCACUGUCGUCAUCUUCUCCCUGCAGACCAAGUAUGACUUCACCUCCUGCCGGGGCGUGCUCAUCAUCUGCCUCGUCGUCCUCAUCGUCUUCUCCAUCCUCUGUAUCUUCAUCCGGAACCGCAUCAUGGACAUCAUCUACGCUUCCCUGGGUGCCCUGCUCUUCACCUGCUUCCUGGCGGUGGACACGCAGAUGAUCCUGGGGAACAAGCAGCUGGCGCUCAGCCCCGAGGAGUACGUCUUCGCCGCCCUCAACCUCUACACAGACAUCAUCAACAUCUUCCUCUACAUCCUGGCCAUCAUCGGCAGGGCCAAGGAGUAG